UGUGUGUGCGUGUGUGUGUGUACAUGUUUAAACAUAUUUAUUUAUGUAUUUGAGUACAUAGUUAUUGGGUUAUUAUUGAUGAAUAUGAAAAUAAUUAUGAUGUCAGUGAAUUGAUGAGAUAUGAAAUUUGGUAAAAGUGCAUAGAGAUUAAUUAAAUAGUAGUUAUAAUAGUAGUAUCAUAAUAAACAAAAAAAUAUAACAAUGAUUAUACUAUACAAUAUUAUAACAAUAAUAAAUUUAUUAUAUAAUGUGAAUUGUAAUUAUUCAAGCGUCAUUCAACCCGUCAUUUAUGGAGGUCAUCAGUUAAUAGUGAAUCAGAAUGGAAAAGUGGAUUUCAUGAAACCAGAAAUUAUUAGUAUCAGUAGUCAAUCACAAACCAUUCCACCUCAUAAAACUCCUGAAUUUAAACAAUCAGUAGAAGAUAUUUCAGAAGACAAAAGACAAAUAGCACAGAAUUACUUUUUUCAUAGUGUACAAAUUCCAGAAAGUUUAAUACAAUUUCUUCUUGAUCGAUUUGUUUCAAUAAGUUAUACACUUCAUGGAUUUAGAACAGUAAAACCAAGGCAUUUAUGCGGUGGUCUACUUAUUAGUAAUGAAUGGGUAUUAACUGCAGCUCAUUGUAUUAGCCCAUUUCAAAGUAUAGAUUUUCAUGUUGCAUUCGUACAUCUUGAAUCCUGUAAUGGAUUAUGGAAGAAAUUACAAUUAGAAACAGAAAUAAAACAAAUCAAAAGUUAUGAACAACAACAAGAAUAUGAAUGGAUAAAUAUUUGUAAACAAAGUUUCAUUGAUAAUUCUAUUGGUCAAAAGUGUCCUUUUAGUUAUUUAUGCGCUGGUGGAAGAUAUGUAGAUGGUGAUACAUGUCAAGGAGAUAGUGGUGGACCACUUUUGUGCAUUGAAUCAAAAAAUUACUCGAAAUUUAUAAAGAAAUGGUUCGUUGUUGGUAUUGCGUCAUCAGGAAUUCAGUGUGGUUUGAAUGGGAUCCCGUCAAUCUAUACACCAUUAUAUUCCUAUUUGGAUUGGAUUGAAUCCAUUACAGGCUACGGAAAACUUAAAUCUUUCGAGUAAACUUUGUGUUUAUGAUUCGGACUACUUUAAUCUAUUUCAGUAGCUCUACAGUUACGAGAAUAUUUAUGCAGUUUAUUUGUUUCACACGAAUUAAAAUUGGAUGAGUUAUUUGAU